CGAACCAUAAUGUUAAAAUGUAAAUGUUAAAGUAAAUGGAUGCAGUUUGUGGCGUAGAAUCGGUCCUAGCGCGUAGGAUUAUUUAGACGCCAUUUCUGGGCAUGUUUUGGGGGGGGCGGCGGUGCUGCUUCUACUUCCCCUAUUGGUUUCCUAUUGUGGUGGGGGCGAGUACGUCGCGGGAAUGUUUUGGUUUAAAUGUCUAGCGGGAUAAUGCAUACACCGGGGGUUUUGUCCGAUUCAGCUGCAUGGUUCCAUUUAUCCAAGUUGUUAGCAAAUGUACUUUAGGGAACUGUAUCCCGGGCUGCAGACGUUCAGCUGGUUGGCGUGAGAUUUUAAAUUUGACGCAAGUCGAAAACAUAUUUACAUGCGCCAAACGUAGGUUGGAGGGUUUAGUUCGUUGAAAGACAGGCAUGGUGACAAAGAAGAUUAGAAGUGAGUAUAUGAAGAAGUUCAAGGACCCGAAAUGGGACACCUACGCAAAGUGUUACGAGGACUCACUGAAAUACAGACUCACCAGGAGGCUUUUGGAGCAGAGCCACCGGCCCUGGUUUUGGGGGGGCUGGGAAAGUGACUCUGAUUCCAGUGACAGGUCCUCGCCACAGAGCAGGAAGAAAAUGUUGCCGAAGACUAAAGAGGAGAUGCCGCCGGGUUCGGAACCGGAGGCUCUGGCACCACAAAAGCCAGAGAACCAGCCGGGAGAGGUGACAGAACCGCAGGUUUGCGCCCCUGAAAAAGGCGAACAGGCUGAGACUGAGAAGAUCCCUCAGAGAGCUGUACAAGCCACUGUGAACAAGGAUCCGAUGAAAAGACAUGAGCUAGAUCUUAUCGGGAAAGAGGGCCUUCAAGCUGCCCGCCUAGACGGCCAGGGUGCAGUCCCACCCCGUCGGCUGCGAAAGUCGACUAGGGCCAAGAGCCAGCCCCGGGGGGUGACGGAGCCCGACAAGGAGAACCGGCACCCGUUUGCCUUGUACGGCAGCGGGGAGAAGCAGGCCGAGAUGGCAGCCAAGAGGACCCACAACGUUGGGCCGUGCACCUCCACCAGCGAGAUUCAUGCAUCGGCUUUACGCGCCAAGACCAGGCGGGAGGUAGAGAAGCAGCUGAAGGCCCAGGGCAGGCGCAGAGCCCGGUCAGCCGACGUGGAGGAGAGGCACCACACCAAGCUGCUCCCUGACUAUGACCCCUGGAUGACUGAGUACAUGCGCUGCUUCUCAGCUCGGUCGCGGUAGGACAGAACGCGAGGGGGCGGGUACACAUCAGCUGGAAGCCUCUCUGACCAAUCAGAGGCUUGGAUUCCUGGCCUCUGGUACGCUGGCAGCUGACAAUUUGUGAUCUUUUAAAACGUGACUGGGGCGAUCGGGGUGUCUCACCUCUGUUACCCAUUUCCCUUUUUGACCAUUCCAAAGUUUGUUGCUGUCAAAACAGACAACAAAUCUGUGUUUUUAAGCAGAAACACCAGACAGUCACAACAGAACCCACACAGCAAUAUUACAAACGCAUUCAUUUCAGCAUGAUAAGAAACCUUUUAAAAGUUUUUCCAUUUUAUUAUAAACAUUGGUAUUCUUAUGUGGGGAGUUUGUAUGCCUGAGUUUUGAAAUUAAAUUUUUUUCUAAAAUGUUACUCUCAGGAUGAAAAUAUAAAAAAUGUUCCUUGAUUUAUGUAGAUGACUGAAAUUGCACAACACUUCAUCUAUUACUGACCGCGUUCAGAAAAUAGUAUGAUUUAGACAAAACAUGUCUGUAUUACCUAAAUCAGAGGACUAAACAUUCCUUGAAGGCAUUCAACGUAUCCAUCCAUCCAUCCAUCCAUCCGUCCAUGCAGGUGGCCACCUUCUGUAAGCGCUUAUCCAGUACAGUGCCGGCUUGUGUCCGUGGAGCGUAUCCCAGGCAGCGUGGGACAGGAGGCCUGUCUGCUAGCUUGCGUUUGACACAAUGUGUUUAUCACACACCUUUACCAGCUAAUGAAUUACAGAUAUUGCGUCAAUAAACUUACCAAGUUAGAGAUAGCGGGAGCUUGGGUGCCCUUAGUGGGACCUUCGCUUACUGUAACAGUCGGGGCUGAUAUUCAUUGACAUUCAUUGACAUUCAUUGGCACGUUUCUGUCCUUCAAUUGUGUUUGAUACAGACCAGGAGGCUUUUUAUUCAGUGAUUGUUGAUAUUUUUCUGUACAAAAAAGUUAUUAAUCUGAGGUUCUCUGAUUCCAUAUUUUUAAAAUUUUGAAAAAAGUAGAAUGUAUUUUGUGAAUUUAUGGUGUAUUUAUUGUAUUUGUGGUUAAUGCACUGUGCUAAUGUAACUGAAUGUUCCCCACGUUACCCUUCUUUGUUUUCUUUUCGACAGAAAUGUCCUUAUUUUGCUGUGACUUACCAACUGCAAGCAGAAAAGUGUUGAGUCGAGUUUACCUGCCCAGUGCAGUAGCUGUUUCUCAGAAGUUAAACUAUUAUUAGCAUAUAUAGCUCUGGAAAACAUUAACAGACCACUUUAUAUAUUUUUUUAAAUCUGCAUUUUUAAAUCCUGGUUUAAUCCUGGUUCUGCUGGCAGAAGGCUACACUGUGAGACAGGCUGCUGUUUCUAAGACAGCACUGCACAAGAACGAAGUGAAGCAGGAGACACUGCGGACGACCAGAAACCAGCCUGCUAGAGGGCGGAAGCGACUUUCUAAUGUCAGAGAUGACCGUCAACUUAUACAACAGUGCCUCAUAAAUCAGAGGGUGACGUCAGGUGACCUUCUGAAAGAAUGGGAAACAUUAAGUGGUGUGAAGUGCACUGCUAGGACAGUUCAUAUGAGGCUCCUAGUCCCAUAAAGCCAGGAAGAAGCCCUUCAUCAAGCAGCCAAGAGCCAGGCUGCAGUUUUACUCAGACACAUACCGUAAAUUGAGAAAUGAGUGAAACAGAAAAUUUUGCUGUGGUAAUUUUUUCCAGAGCUGUAUUUCUGGUACAAGGGGCAUCUGGCAGCAUUCUGUGCAGUUAGUCGUUAGUACAGUAUUUCAGUCUAAACGUGUCGUAGCAGAAAGCCAUGGAAAGUCUAAAUCAAUCCUAAAGGCUGCCAGAUUUCGUCGGAGUGCUGCUCUCUCGGGUUUUCAAAUUUCACAUUACUGAGGCUGAAAUAAUGAUUUGCUGAGCCUUCUCAAGCUUGAUGCUGAAUUUCAUCCCUUUUUGUAAAAUUGAUGGCGUAUCAUUUUUGAAGAUGUUAAAAGGUUUAUUUCUGUGUAUAACUGGAUACCUCAGCCAAAUUACCUGGUUUUACCACUUUACCUACUUUAAUGUUUAAUGCUGUUAUUUUAACUUUUUCGCAGGCAAUUUUGUGUUUGUAUUUUAAAUUCCCGUAUUCCUGUCAUUAAGUGUUUUUAAUUAUUAUUUACGUCAAAGACUGAAAAUGAUUGUUUGACCUCAAAGGAAAAAAAAAUAUAUAUAAUACUUUAGAUAUUACAGUGGGUGACAAUCGUAUAUUCUAGAUUAUAUUUUGGGAAUGAUUUCUAGGUGGAUGUUUGUACGAUACGAAGCUUUUCUCUGCUUAGAAACUGAACGUGCUGUAGUCUGUGUAACAGAAGAAACACGUCGUCACGUGACAUAAUACACCAGCACCUACUCCACACCAGCGUAAUCGAUUAAAAAAAAUAGCCUGUGAUUUUACACCGUUAGGCAACAGUCAUUCCAAUAUACUGCUUCUUAAACACCCUUCUUUCAUGGGAAUGCUCAGAAGUAUCUGAUUCCCUCUAUAUGUACUGCAAACUCAGAAGAUAUUAACCACAUUCUUGUAAUGCAAUGAAUGGUUGUAUUUCUAAAUGGCAUCUGUGAGUGGGCAUCUGUGAGUGGGCAUGUGAAAGAGCAGGACGCUCAUAGCACGGGGACAAUGGGUGGCGAGCCGGAAUGCUAAAGGCGCGCCACAUAUUGUGGUGAAGGGUGUUUAUAAAGACGUUUCGGAAGCCUGGCAGCCGGACAAGGCUGAGAGUGUGCUAAGCGAUGCCAGUGGCACGCUGGCAUGGAGGGGGCUGCAUUUGUGCCCGUAACGCCCAGGAAUGGCUGCAUGUGUGCGCAGUAUUCAGCCAGGCCCAGUAUGCUUCAUUAUCGAUUGCGGGAGUAAUGUCAGUGUUUACAUUUUUGACUUAAACAUUCUGUACAGGGAUUGUUUUGGCAAGUGGCAUGGAAAACAGAAAAAUGUUUGAAAUAAAUCACAUUCCAGCUGUA